CGCAUUCCACUUUUUCUGAUCCUCCCGAGGGCUGAGAGAGAGAGAGAGAGAGAGAGAGAGAGAGAGAGAGAGAGAGAGAGAGAGAGAGAGAGAGAGUCUAUUUCGUAAAAGUACUGUGCCAUGGCGUCCAUCGGGAUCGAUCUUGGAACGUCUUUCUCGUGCGUCGGCGUGAGACGUCGGGGCAGAGUCGAUAUCAUCCCGUUCGAAACUGGAUCGCGAUUAAUGCCCUCGUUCGUGGGAUUCACGGGAAACGGGCGAGAGAUAGGCGAGGCAGCGAAGCUAUGUUCCGUUGAAGAGCCGGAGAGCGUGUUCUUCGAGGUCAAGCGAUUGAUCGGUCGCACGUUCAAGGACGAUCAAGUUCAGCAGGACCUGAAGAAAUGGCCGUUCAAGGUGGUGCAGGGAGAGAACGCGUUGGCUGCUUUACAAGCCGGCGAUGGUGCGUUGGGAGAAGAGAGGCACAAGAAAUUUGCACCAGAAGAGAUCUCAGCCAUGCUACUGUCGAAGAUGAAGGAGACAGCCGAAGACUACCUUGGGUGCGAGGUGAAGAACGCGGUGAUCACCGUCCCGGCGUACUUCAACGACUUGCAGCGUCGAGCUACGAAGGACGCGGGGCGAAUCGCUGGAUUGCACGUGCUGCGACUGCUGAACGAGCCGACUGCAGCAGCACAUGCAUACAUGGAUCACAAGAUGAUUCAAGGGCGGGAAGAGGUGAGCCACGUGGCAUCCCAGGCGAUUGUCUGUUGGGUUCCAGGCAGACCGCUGGGUAAUCGCGGCAACAGCAACGAUGGGGAGAACGUCCUGGUGUUUGAUCUUGGAGGAGGGACAUUUGAUGUCGCCAUUCUGCGCGUGACCGGGUCAAAGAGUAAGGUCCUGGUGCUGAAUGGGGAUACUCACCUUGGCGGAGCUGAUUUCGACAACAAUCUUGCGCAGCACGUCCUCGAUCAGCUGGGCAGGAAGCAGCCCGGCAGAGUUGUCUCAUGGCAGUCAGACCGGAGAUUUCUCAGCAAGCUCAAGAAAGCGUGCGUGCUCGCGAAGCACGUAUUAACUGAUCAUCAGAUCGCUUACGUUCCGGCUGGGAACGAGAGGAUCCCGAUCACUCGGGCCACCUUCGACCGGAUCAAUGGGGUUCUGUUCGAAAAGUGCAUAGACAUUGUUCAGAAAGCUUUGGACGAUGCCAAGCUCAGUGUUUCCCAGAUCACACACGUACUGCUCGUCGGAGGAUCUUCUCGGAUUCCGAAGAUCAAGACCAUGUUGAAGACGAUGUUUAACGGCAAGGAGCCUCAGACGUGUCUUCAUCCAGACGAGGCCGUUGCACACGGGGCAGCCGUCCUCGCGGACAUUCUGGGCGGGGACAAGUGUGUGGAUAAGAGCACCAUCCCAGUACAGGACGUUGCGCCUCUAAGCCUGGGAGUAGACAUUCAUCCCGGUCAAAUGUUGGUGAUGAUUCCCAGGAACAGUGACAUCCCUGCCAAACACAAGGAGCGCCUAUUGACUGUGCAUGAUGGGCAAACGGCUAUGCGCUUCGAUGUUUACGAAGGGGAGCGUCCUGUCCCCGAGGACAAUCACUACCUUGGGAAGCUCACACUUCAAGGGUUCAAACCCGUGCCAGCUGAAGAAGCGGAGGCGGAGCUCUGUCUACGUAUGGACGAAGACGGUAUCGUGCACAUCUCUGCGAAAGGAGUCAAAAACCAUUCGGAGCCGGGAAAGAAUGAAUGCGGGGUCAUUACGAAAAAAGGUCCACUGUCGGAGUCGGCUAUUCAGAGCAUGAUAGCGGACGCGGAGAAGUACAAGAGAGAGGACAAGGAGUUUCUGCAAUGCUGCGAUGUGUGGAGCCAAAUCGAACGGCGAGCACGGGAGGUGAAGAGGGUUAUCGCUAUGGUCGGCCAUUCAUAUAGAGAGCCGUUGGAGUCUAUUGUCAACGAAAUCCUCAACGAUCAUAAGUCGACGUCCGCCUCUGGCGUGCGACGCGGCAUUGGACAUAUUCAGGAGAAGAGAAGGGAGCUUGAACUUGCAUGCAGCAAGGCCGGGAUAUAACAGGCGGCAACGUCUGGCGGCGUGGGGACGACCAUAGCCGUCUUCUGCUCCGCUGACUGGCGCAAAGUCUCCAGU